GUGAUGAGUCAACUCAUUGAGUCCCAUAUUCCAUCACACCUUAAGAAACACAUCGCAACCACGUCCUGCUCAGAUCAGCUCUCCCUGAACAUUGCCGAAAAACCACCACCACCACCACCCUCCUCCUCCACCUUUCGCCACCUCCGCCCUCUUCAAAACCCUAAUUCUUACAAUCAUGGAAGAUUACCCCGAAGAACUCCGAACACCACCGGUCACACUAGUAUCUAUCGUCGGUCAUCCAGACCUCCAUGCCACGAUCUCAACUCAUCUCCACUCGGAACAACCGCCGAUCAAUACACUCGCAUUACCAGAUUUUUCCAAGAUCUCCGUCAUAGCCAAAACCCCCAAGGAAAAAGAAAAUCAAUUGCCGUCAAGUUACACUUCUAGCGGCAUUUUAAAAAGAGAUUGGCUCUCGAAGCAUCGUACUAGGGUUCCUGCAGUUGUUGCAGCUCUCUUCGAUGCCGAUCAACUGUCCGGUGAUCCCGCCCUGUGGCAACAGGUCUGCACCGAUAUCGAAAACCUCAAAGCAGUGAUUAAAGGGAGGAAUAUCAAACUGGUAGUGGUGGUCGUUGUGCGGUUUAAUUCCAGAGAUUUUAUCACUGAAGAUCGCAUGGUUGCUCUUCGUAAGCGUGCUGAACUAGAUGCAAAAUAUGUUGUUACCUUUAUCCCUGAUGAUGCUUCUGAAUUGAACCAAUCCCUAAACAGGCUAGGAAGCAUAUUUGCAGAGCUAGCUGUUACCUUUUAUAGGGAUGAAGGAAGAAGGGUUAAAAUGCGGCUUGAAAAAAAGACUUAUGCCUCUAUAGAGUUUAAUAUCCGCUACUGCUUUAAAGUUGCUAUAUAUGCAGAAUUCAGGAGAGAUUGGGUUGAAGCAUUGAGGAUGUAUGAAGAUGGCUAUCAUGCACUACGAGAGAUGAUUGGGACAUCCACUAGAUUACCUCCGAUCCAACGGUUGGUAGAGAUCAAAGCAGUUGCAGAACAAUUGCAUUUUAAAAUAUCAACAUUACUUUUACAUGGUGGAAAAGUUGUGGAUGCAAUUAAAUGGUUUCGCCAACAUAAUUCUUGUUAUAAAAAGGUCACGGGCCCACCACAAGUCAACUUUCUUCAUUGGGAAUGGCUAAGCAGACAAUUCUUAGUUUUUGCUGAGUUGCUUGAAAGUAGCAAUGCAACUAUGCAAACCACUUCCUCUCCUCCCUUAGCCUGGGAAUUCCGCCCUGCAUACUAUUAUCAGCUUGCUGCUCAAUAUCUAAAGGAGAAGAAAACAUGUGUAGAGGUUGCUCUUUCCAUGCCUGAUUCCAUUCCGGAGACUGAUGACAGUUCUGAUUCCAUUGUUCCUUCUCUUUACAUCGGUCAAUAUGUUCGAUUACUUGAUCUCGGGGACACCUCUGUAAUGCAACUUAUUACAGAUGAAGAUUACACCCAAUAUACUCUCACUGAAUUCCAAAAAUCCCGUGACUCAACCGAAAUCAUCGGAUUACUAAAAAAAUCAUAUGAAGCGUACACAAGCUCAAAAUCCCAAAGAUCCGCCUCGUUCUGCCGCCUUCUAAUGGCAAAAGAAUACUUCACCUCAAACGACCACACCACCGCAAAACUCCACUUAGAUAAACUCACCACCCUCUACCGCCAAGAAGGUUGGGUGGCUCUACUAUGGGAAGUCCUUGGUUACCUCCGCGAAUGCUCCCGGAAUCUCAAUUCCGCCCAAGACUUCAUCGCGUAUUCCCUCGAAAUGGCCGCCCUCCCUCUUUCCCCACUCGCCGGAAUCCAAAAAGACUACGGCCCCGGCGGGUCCCCCUCUCUCCAACAAGUCGAACGGAUCCACCAAGAAGUGUUUUCCAUCGUUCUUGAAGAUUCUGAUUCCAAUUCUGGUUCCGAUUCCGGUGGUGGGGUGAAAGUGAACGGGGAGUAUCCGGUUCAUCUUGAGAUUGAUCUUGUGAGUCCGCUUCGAGUUGUUCUGCUUACUUCGGUUGCGUUUCAUGAACAAAUUGUGAAACCGUAUGCUCCGACUUUGAUUACGGUUUCCAUUUUAUCCCAAUUGCCUUGUCCAGUUGAGAUUGAUCAGUUGGAGGUGCAGUUUAAUCAAUCGGAAUGUAAUUUUAUAAUUGUGAAUGCGCGAAGAAGGGAGAAGUCCGCGAUUACUAAUGUUCAUCCUGACCGGAGAGUUGAAACGGUUCCAGUGCUUCAACUUUUUACGAAUAAGUGGUUACGGUUAACUUAUGACAUCAAAUCGGUGAAUAGUGGAAAGCUGGAAUGCACAUACGUGAUUGCGCGAAUCGGAUCCCAUUUCAGCAUAUGUUGUGGAGCUGAAAGUCCCGCCAAUAUGACCGAUUUACCCCUCUGGAAAUUCGAGGACCGAUUCGAAGCUUCCCCAACAAAAGACCCCGCAAUCGCAUUCUCCGGUAUGAAAGUGACCCAAGUUGAAGAACCCGACCCGCAGGUCGACCUUAAAUUGGACUCCGUGGGUCCCGCUUUAGUCGGCGAAAACUUCAUGUUACCCGUGACCCUCACCUCCAAGGGCCAUUCCGUCUUUUCCGGAGAAUUAAAAAUCAAUCUAGUGGACACCCGAGGGGUCGGUUUACUUAGCCCGAGAGAAGCCGAAGUAUCCUCUACGGAUAAUCUUCAUGUUGAGCUUCUCGGCGUAUCGGGCCCGGAAUUGGAAUUGGAAUCUGAUUCCGAUUCCCCUCGGAAAUUCCAAAACUCGUUCGGGUUGGUUUCGGUUCCUUUUUUGAACGUUGGUGAUUCGUGGUCAUGUAAUCUUGAAAUCCGGUGGCACCGCCCGAAACCGAUCAUGCUUUAUGUCUCUCUCGGGUACUCCCCGGUUUCGGGCAGCCCGAAAGUACAUGUCCAUAAAAGCUUACAAAUUGAAGGAAAAACUCCGGUUGUCAUCAGCCACCGCCUCAUGCUACCCUUCCGGCGGGACCCGCUAUUACUCUCUCGAAUCAAACGUACCCCGGAUUCUGGUCAGCCCGCAUCGCUGCCCGUAAAUGAAACAAGCAUACUCGUUGUCAGCACCACAAAUUGCACCGAAGUCCCGUUGAGACUAAUCUCAAUGUCCGUCGAGCCCGAUGACAAUCUCAAAUCCGGAAAUCAAGAUUCCGGGCAGCAUCCCGGGCAGCCUACACUCCUGCCCGGGGAAGAGUUUAAAAAAGUAUUCACGGUAAAACCAGAGGCGAAUAUUACGAAACUUAACAUGGGAAGUGUUUGUUUACGAUGGAGACGCGAUUUUGACUCAUCGAAAGAAGUUCUCACAAAGCAAAAUUUACCGGAUUUAAACGUGGAAUUCCCGCCAUUGAUUGUGAGUUUAGAGUGCCCGCCACAUGGGAUUCUCGGGCAGCCGUUCACGUAUUAUGCCCGGGUUCAUAACCAGACGAAACUACUUCAAGAAAUUAGGUUUUCAUUAUCGGACUCACAAAGUUUCGUUUUAUCGGGCCCACAUAACGAUACGACAUUUGUUUUACCAUUAUCGGAGCAUAUUUUGAGUUAUAAACUUGUCCCGUUAAGUUCGGGCUCUUUACAGCUUCCGAGGGUUACGAUUACUUCGGUGAGAUAUACAGCGGGCUUUCAACCGACGGUUGCGGCUUCGACUAUUUUUGUAUUCCCUUCGAAACCGCAAUUCCAAUUGGAAUUGGAAUCCGGGAAGAAUUCUGGUUCUGGUUCCGGAUAGGAGAUUCCGUUUCCGGUGUGAUGUGUUUUGUUUGGGUGGUAAGUAUACAUACUUUGGUUUUUUUACGCAAUCUUAUGAUAUGAUUAGACGUGGUUGUUUUGAAUCGAUCAAUAGGUUUUGUGGAUGUAGGGUUUGUAUGGAAAGAACUAUUUUUAUUUUUUGUGAAGUGGGGUUGACUAUUGAUGAGAUUAAUUAAUAAAGGAAACUUUAUCA